UUUGGUCAGAGGCAAUAUGUGUAAGACGAUGCGUAUAAAUUCUGUAAAAGCCUUGUUUGCAAAGAAGAAGAAAAAGGUAGAGAAAACAUAUUCAACGCUAGGUGGCGCUGUCAGUUGCAUUGGCAUGCUAGACACCGAUGAGAGAAAUGUCAAAAGAAUAUUCAAAGAUUUUAAUGACACAACGAAGGCAAAGAAGAUGUCAGAGGCGACUAUACUGUACAUAGAAACAAUACUGUCACAUAAAGAAUUUGGCGGGAAGCUGAGAAAAUUCUUUGACCGUUAUUUUAAAGACAUUGAUGAAGCUGCGAAAAGAAUUCCUGGAUUUCUUAAGGCUGAUCAGCAGCUCAUAGAAACAUUACAGACAAAUAUUAAUGAAGAUGAUCGUCUGAAAGCUCAACUCCCUGGACUAGUGAAUGAAAGUGCCGAUUUUCCAACCUCAUUUUCUAAAUAA